CUACAUUCUAUCAGCAUGCACAGUCUCCCCUGUUCUGCACUGCUCCACUGUUUCGGCAGUCCCGCAGACGUUACAGCUAACCCUACACAGUCCCUGGACCCGGACCCCUCCCUAUCCGGCAGAACUGAUCUAGAACCCCCCGUGGUGGUGGGCCCUGUUCUCUGCCAACCGGUUCCCAAACCAGACCCCCCUCUAGAACACCAGCCCCACCACAGAAUUGUCAGCUUUAUAUCUACACACACCAGAACAAGAACUCUGAAUGGCACCUACUCCAACUCCAAUGGUCAACCGCCAGGGAGGGAGAGCCACAGCUUUAAGACACCUCUGGCCUGCCAUUGCCUGUCAGACAGCGUUGAGGGGCCUCGUGAGCUGGUGAUUGGUUUAGAGCUUGGGGUGAAGUACCCUAUCAUCCCCAGACCCUCCAUCAUUAUCAGACAACCCAAGCAAUCAGAAUUCCAGGAAGCUUCGUCUGACUGGUCGGAAUAUAUGGAGGACGGGACAUUAUCAGAUCGGUGUGUGGACCCAGGUCUGUCUCUGUCUCGGGGCAGGAGUGUGAUGGCUGAGCCGGACUAUCUGGAGGGGGACUGUGAGGAGAUGAUCAAACCCAAGAAGCUGUUGAACCCAGUCAAGGGCUCCAGAAACCACCAAGACCUCCAUCGAGAACUCAUGAUGAACCAGAAGAUGGGCCUAGCUCCCCAGAACAAGCCAGAGCUCCAGAAGGUUCUGGAGCUGAGGAAGAGAGAGCAGGUUCUCAAGGCCCAGAGGGAGGAGCAGGAGGCCCACACCAAAAGGAGCGACCUGGAGAUAGAAUUAAUGAAGAGACAACAGAAACUAGAACAGCUGGAGUUGGACCAGCAGAAGGAUGAGGAGGAGCAGGAGAACACCCCUGAAUUUGUGAAGAUGAAGAGCAAUCUUAGGAGGACCAAGCAGGAGGCUAAUGGGGAGGAACGUACCACUUAGGGGCCCAUGGGGGGGAAUGUUUGAGAGAGAAGGAGAGGGCAACUGUGUACAUAGAGGUAUGUUUGUGCAGAGUCUAUGGCACAUGUCAUCUGAGGUGGAAUUCACUUCCUGAUUCUGAUUUUUUUCCGACCCUGUUGAGAAAGACCAUAGACAAUUUUGUCUGCCUACUAAAUACCAACAGUACUACAGACCUCUUUGUCUGUCUGCUACAGCACUCACCACAGGCAGUGACCAAGGAAACUUAACCACGUCAGCUUCUCUCACCAACAGACAGACUUUGCAGAGAAGAGAAUCCUCUAUAGACUACAGACUGCUUUGUCUGCCUGCUGUAGUACUCACAUCAGCAUCUCCACUCAACACACAGACAGAGAGGAGACUUAACAUGGACACAAAACACAGAACAUGCUACACAUGGACAGUCAACCAGUCUUCUUGGGAAGCCUGAUGCAGGGACAAACAGAACCCACACAGUUUCCAUUCCCUCUCUCCUGUCUGCUCCUUUCUCUCCGGCCACAGAAAGUUCUCCUUCUGUUAUUGUUGUCGUUGUUUUCAUUUUCAGAACCCAGAAUAGAAAAGCGGACACUGGAUGGACUCUUAAAACUGUGUUUUGUAAAAAUGCCAAAUUAAUGUGCUGUUAUUUAUGUUUGUUUGAAGUAUUUUAGCCCCAUGUAGGGAGUGUGUGAGACAUCUGUUUAGUUUUACAGCUCAAUGUGUGGAACCUGAGCAGGACAGGACGAGUGUUUGUGUGAAAACACCCAGGUUACUUUUUUAUUUUUUAUCACCAACAUACCACUUCCUCAGCUAAUGCUAUUUGAAGCAAUACUAGAAACCCUUUCAAGUGUGAGACUUUUCUUUCUAUAAUUAUAAUGCGUUCUAUAUUUUUUUUUUGUAUGAAUAAAAGUGACAUUAAAUCA